UCUGCGUCUCAGCGUACCGGGGCGAUUCAAACCAGCUUCAAACGAGACAAGGGGCCUCCAUUGCAUUCAAGUUGAAGCAGUGGCUACAGAUGGUUUAUUAAAACGUUUGUUAAACGUUUGCUUUUGUAACUAGCAAUGUCUGGAAAAAGCAAAAACAGAAGUGCAGCAAAUGCUGAUUCAAUAUCUGGUGGUGUAUCCUGCGAUGAGCGUAUUUUGCGGGAUUGUCAUCAACUGUACACGGAACCCGACAGUGGCUUGAUUGCAGUGGCUGAAUCUGUGGGUGUAAAGUUGUUGCCACCCAGGAAGAAGAUCACUGUGAUGCUGAUGGGCAACCACUCUGCUGGAAAAAGCUCCUUCAUCAACUGGUAUGUUGAAGAGCACAUCCAGCGCACUGGUGUGGCUAUUGAGACCCAGGGAUUCAGUUUUGUUACAAGUGGACGUAAGAGAGAAUCUCUUACUGGAAAUGCUACCCUUCAUUUAUAUCCCCACUUCAAGCCUCUGCAAGAAUUCAAAGGUGUUUCGGAGUAUUUGAGUACAGAGAUCUGCACAUCACGGCAGAAACGUUUCAGCCUGUUGACUUUUGUGGAUUCGCCUGGGUUGGUGGACGGUGAUAUGAAGUAUCCCUUUGAUGUGGAUGAAGUUGUCCUGUGGCUCGGUGAUCUCUGUGACCUGAUUCUGGUGUUCUUUGACCCGAUGGGUCAGGCUCUAUGCAAGCGUACCCUCAAUAUUGUGGAGGCCCUGAAUGACAAACAUGGGGAUCGACUUCGUUUCUACCUCAGUAAGGCUGAUGAAGCCGGGGGAGAGUCUGAUAGACAGAGAGUAAUGAUGCAGAUCGUCCAAGAGCUCUGCAAACGACCAGGACUCAACAAAUGUGGUUUUGACAUGCCCACUAUCUACAUUCCUAAUCCAAAUAAGCCAAGCCGCUGUGUCAACCAGAUUGAGGAAGUGUGUCGCACUAUUGAGAAGACCAUCAAUCAGACGGUUCAGAAUACACUCAAUUCUCUCGAAAAGGACUGUGACAUUAUUAGCGAAGCAAUCAUUGAUAAAAUGAUCACAGACAGGCAGGUCAGUAGUGAGAACCGACGGGCACGCUGCAAGAGCUGCUUUCUGAUGCUACUGGGUUUCAGUAUCCCCAUGGCUCUUUUGGCAAUACUGCUGCUUGGCACUCUCUCCAAGGAGGUUCUGGAGAUGGCUCUAGGUCAUCAAGGCAUUGAAGCCCUAUCUCUAUAUCUGGUUCCUGUAGUACGGAUAUUUGAAUCAAUGUCUGGAGAACAGCAGCUUUACGGCUGUGGUGGAAUGGUCCUUGCCUCAUUCCUGCUGCUCAUCAUUGCUCGAUUCUCUUUUAGGACUCAACCGACUCUGUCAGGCAAGCAGAAAAGACAGCUGCAGGAGAAAUUGGACUUUGUCCAGGAGGUGGCAAAGACCAAAAAGAAAAAGCUGUAUGAAGAGUACCUGCGACAGAGUGUCAGCGAUCAUGACAUGAGCUAAAGACUGAAACUGACACAACAUGGACCAAAUGAAAACAACAGAAAAGCACUGCCAGUACGAUACAAUAAUACCUUUUGACUAAUUUCAUUUGAAGUACAGCCACUGAAAUCUGAAUCGUAAAACCUUUUCAGACAAUGUUUUGUGAAAAAAUACCUGAGAGUCAGGCCUCAUAGCGAACAGGCUUUAUCACUUUUUAUUCAUUUUCUAUUAACCUUUAGUAUGUGUUAUUGUCUUCUGCUCAACUAAAUCAUGAUUCCAGAAUAGUAAAUAUAUCAACCUUUGCAAAGUAUUUAUAUUUCUUUACCUGACAUACUGAACUCCAAAAACAAAUUAUAGACAUUAUGCAAAUAACCUUUAUACCAUUAGGUAUUGGUCGUUUUCAUGUUUACCUUGCUUUAUUU